AUGACUACAUUAUCAUCAUCACAAUUGUGUCGUCUUUACUCUGUACCAAACGAAUCUGUUUCACCUUAUGAUUAUUUUACAAAAACAAAUACAACAUCUGAUAUUAUACUUGUUGUUGAAAAUGCUAAAUUUCAUUGUCAUCGUUUACUUCUAUCAUUGAUAUCUCCCGUAUUUACAAGAAUGUUUGAUGGUCAUUUUAAAGAACAUAGUAAUCAAGAAAUCGUAUUAAAUGAAAAAACAGCCAAAAGUAUUUUAGAACUACUAACUUAUAUUUAUCCACAAUUUCAUAAUUCAGUUAAUUCUACAAAUAUUGAAGAUUUUCUACAUCUUGCCGAUGAAUAUAUGAUCGAUCAUUUAAAACAGCCAUGUAAAGAAUUUUUAGAAAAAGAAUUAGAACAUUAUAAAUACGUUAUUAUACCAACAAAAAAAAUUCAACAACGAUUAUUAACAUCAAAAGAUUUCCAUGCAAGUGAUUCGGCAUUAAAUACGGACCAUAAUUCUCGUGAUCAUGAUCGUCCUCGUCCAAUAUCAUCUUCUCGUCCAACUUCAACUUCUAUAAAAUUAUCCGCAUCUAAACAUCUACAAUCUUCAUUGUCGAAUACACGUUCAAAAUAUUUAGUAACAAUUGAUCAAUCUGAAAUUCCAAAGUAUUUUGAUUCAACUUCUUCAAAAAUUAAAUUUUCUACCGAAGAAAUAAAACUAUGGCUUAAACGCUUACAAAUUUUGUAUUCAAUCGAUAAAUCUCGUUAUUUUGAACAAAUUACUGAACAAAUAUUAUCUGUUUUACACUUUAUACCCAGUGUCUGCAUUCUACCUUUACUAAAAAUAGCAUCAUCAACCGAUGAACAAUUAGUAAAUGAUCUUUCACGUGCUCGUCUAUUUUUUCUCGAAGAAUUCGAUGGCAACGAAGUUAAACGUCCAAUACAAUUGUCAGAUAGUUAUUGUACAUACAUGGCAACUACAUAUGGUUCACGAAAUGAAAGCAUUUGUGAUAAGUCAUCAAAUGAGCCAAAACUAAUUGUUGAAAAUGAUCCACUACUAAAUAUAACACUACCGUUAGAUCAAGAAUAA